UACUUCUAGCAACCUUUGCUUUUAUUGUGUUCUACGAAUUGUCUUUGUAUGCACCGGAAUUUGGAUCGCCAGUUGAAACCUUGGAAAUUUUGAAACCGCGCACCCACUUGAGCACCACCGCCAGAUGGAAUCGCUCAAGCACAAACUCCCCUCUGACGUCGAAGAGGAGGACGCGUUCCCGGAGGUGAAGCGAGUGCGCCCAGCGGCGGAUCUUCCGCCGGAGAUGUGGGAGCUCAUCUUCCGCAAUCUGAACGCCUAUUGGCUCCGGUCGGCCCGGCUCACCUGCAGCAGCUGGAACCAGAUCAUCCGGGGCUCGUCCCGACUGAUGGCCAAAUUCGUCCUCACCCUCACAACGGACAACUUCAAGGAAGAUCGCAAGCUGGUGCGGAAACUGCUGGCCACAGGAAGCGGUUACACGCGGGCCAAGUUGGAAUUUGAGCAGAUCGGAAUCCACAAACCGAGGGAAAACUGGCUAAAGCCGUUGGGGACGACGUUGCGCACGCUUAGCGUGAAGUUCAGCGGCACGGAAGUGCUGCUGACCGGGCUGUUGAAGGAACUGCCCAACCUGAAGCAGCUUAAGCUCAUUGUGCGAUCGCACUGGUUCGGUAGUGGUGUUCCCAGCAUCCGGCUCGACAAGUUGGAGGAGCUGAGCAUCAACCACCCAAUGCCAAAUAUUCUGAGCUUCUGCAGGUUGAUGUGCCCACAGCUAACGGUCCUCAAGCUGAAUGACUACAUCAGUUAUAGACCAGAUUUGGAGAAGGAAAUCGUCGCCUUUAUAAACAGCACUCGUAGAACGCUGAAAGAACUUCAAUUCCAUCUGCCUGAGCGAAUGAUUGAUGACCUGGUCCGAAUCAAGGAAUUACGCUUGGCCCGGCUCGCUGUGGACGGAUGGGGGCGGGAUACUCUUCGUUUUGUCGAACAGCAGCCCAAUCUCGAAGAGCUGAAUCUGCUGUGUGUUAUCUCCAUUCAGAAUCUCAAUGAAAUCAUCUCAGUUCUGUCGAAGCUUAAGAACCUGCGGGUUGUGAUUAGUGAACAAGGCAACCACCAGCCAUCGUUGUCUUUGCGGAAACUGUCUAACAUCGAAUCGUUGAAGAUUUCUCACGGACAUUGGCUUAUUCCGACGAAGGAACUGCUAAUUUUAACUGGAUGCAAUCUUACGAACCUGCGAGAUCUUAGUCUUUCUCGUUGCCAUCUUUCGAGCCAAGUUCUAACGGACCUUCAGGGAACUAACGUGUCCAGACUCACUCUGGAGUUCUGCUCCCUGCCACGACUGUCGGACCUGGCGCGGCUGAAAUCGUUGAUCCACGUUGAGCUCAACGAAAACGAAUAUUUCAGCAGGUCCGACGACGUCGACUCCACCAGCUCCAGCGUUCGCUCGCUAAAGAUCGUCGACGCAGACCCACGAGAUUUGCUUGCCGUCGUCAAAGUCUUCCCGAACCUGGAACGCUUCGAAGCUGCUGGAAUCACGUACGUCGACGAAGCCGUCUUUGAAAUGAUGUCGCAGCACUCGCCACUGGUGAAGGAGCUACGAUUUGGCAAACGCUGCUUUUUCAACAUUCGCACCGCGGUUGCUCGCCUUCGUGCCCUGAAGACGAUCAGUAUUCAGCGCAGUGAUUACGAAAGCGAAGACUACGCUGAGCAAUUGCGCGCCGAAAGCUCCAACGUUGCCCUUGAGUUUUGGUAGAGUGUUCACAAGGAUCUCUACAUUCGAAGUUAUGCCCUCUUUCUGUGUUAUUUACUUGAUUUUAAUACUGAUGUUACUUGAGCA